AUGGACGUCAAACUGUUACUGUUAACACUGGGAAUCAUCGGGGCGAUGGUUGCCACCGUCGCGACCAGGUUCGGCUUCCCCGGGUUCAACAAGAUCGCCCAGAUCUUCCUUGCCUUGGUGUUACUUCCGGUGCUAUGCAGAUUCCAUCGAAAGCUCUACAUCAUCUUUAAGAUGCUGCCGCGUGAUGUGAUAUUUCUCUAUCGCGCUAUAAGCGCUGAACUCACGAUGAAAGGUCAGCGUCGGAACAAUAUGACCGUCACAAAGAUCUUCAAGAAGAGAGUGGAACGUUACCCCACGAAACCGUGCUUCAUUUUCGAGGACCGUAUUUGGACCAAUGCUGACAUCAACAACUAUAGCAACCAGGUAGCGUCGGUGUUUCAAAAAGCUGGAUACGUGAAGGGGGACGCUGUGGCUUUGAUGAUGCUGAACAGGCCGGAGUACGUCGCGAUCUGGCUCGGUUUGGGGAAACUCGGCGUCGUCACCGCUCUAAUCAACACGAACUUGCGACUUCAGUCUUUGAACCAUUGUCUGCGUAUCGCUGCAGUGAAGAGUAUCAUUUAUCUAGAGGAAUACUCGUCCGCCAUCGAUGAUAUUAAGGCUUCGAUUCCGGGUGUAGAGAGGUACAAGGUGUGCACCAAACCUGGAUCUUGCGAGGAUGGAGUGCACGAUCUGAACCAGCUUCUGUCGGAAGCCAGUACCGAGGAACCAAUAGUGAAAGAAGAAAUUGGCUACAGGGACAAACUGUUGUAUAUUUACACGAGCGGCACUAGUGGUUUGCCGAAAGUGGCGAUAGUUCCAAAUUCGAGGUUCUUGCUGGUCGUAAUGCCAUUUAACUUGCUAGGGUUGAAAUCGAACGAUACCUUGUAUAAUCCGAAUCCACUGUACCACACGGCCGGUGGAAUGUUAGGAGUAGGUUUCGCGAUUUUGAAUGGUAUACCAACAGUCUUAAGGGCCAAGUUUUCAGUGACGGCUUAUUGGACAGAUUGCAUCAAAUAUAAUUGUACCGUAUCGCAGUAUAUUGGGGAAAUGUGUCGUUAUUUAUUGAAUGCACCACACCGGCCAGAAGAUACCGCUCAUAGACUAAGACUCAUGUUUGGAAAUGGCAUGAGGCCACAGAUUUGGAGUGAAUUUGUUAAACGCUUCAACAUCAAUCGGAUUACCGAAUUCUACGGUUCGAGUGAAGGAAACGCUAAUAUUGUAAACUUGGAUGGCCGAGCCGGUGCUGUUGGCUGUGUACCACUGAUUGUGCCCAGAUCAUUUCAUCCUGUGGCCAUUAUUCGAGUAAAUAAUGAGACAUACGAACCGGUUAGAGGACCUAAUGGCUUGUGCAUAAGAGCAGACAUAAAUGAACCAGGGAUGUUUAUAGGAUUAAUAAAAGAAGGGAACGCGUCGAGGGAGUUCAACGGAUAUUUAGACAAAGAAGCAUCGAAAAAGAAGAUAAUAGAGAACGUGUUUAUCAAAGGCGAUAAGGCUUUCCUGACGGGUGACAUAUUAAUACAAGACGAAUAUGGUUACAUUUACUUUAAAGAUAGAGUAGGAGAUACAUUUAGGUGGAAAGGUGAAAAUGUUGCUACUGCAGAGGUAGAGGGUGUUAUUAGUAAUAUUGCUGGACAGCGGGAUGCUACUGUCUAUGGGGUUCAGGUCCCUGGAAUGGAAGGAAGGGCAGGUAUGGCAGCAAUAGUCGAUCCAGAUAGUUUACUAGAUUUCAAGGCCCUUGCGGAAGGCUUGGAGAAAGCUCUGCCAGCUUACGCGAGACCAAUUUUCUUACGAAUUGUGAAAGAACUUGAAAUGACGGGAACAUUUAAAUUGAAAAAGAUAAAUCUUCAAAAAGAAGGUUUCGAUCCAAGCAAAGUGCAAGACAAGAUGUAUUUCCUUUCUGGGAACAAGGAGUACGUUGAAAUCACGCCUGAACUUUAUCAAGAAAUCAUAUCCGGCUCAAGGAAGUUCUAGUCGUUGUGUUUAAUGCUUCUGAAACA